AGUUGAUUGACAGAUGCAUGCCAGAAAGCUCCAUUCUUCUUUUCAAAGACAACGUAUGAUGGAUUGCGAUCUCUCAGCUCAGCAGGACACAUGGACCAUGCAAGCUGUAAUUGGUCAGGAUCCAAUGAUAGCUGGACAAGUCAGUAAGCCCUCGCUGCUGCUGUCAGUGCGGAGUGAAAUGAAUGCAGAGUUGAGAGGUGAGGACCAGGCAGCGACUCCAGACAGCGAGCUCAAUGAGCCCCUGCUUGCGCCCGGGGAAUCCAAUGACAGCCAGGACGCUCCCAGCAAGCUGUUCGGGGCCAGAGGAAACCCACCACCUGCUGACACGAGCAUUGCCGACCAACACUCGUCCAGCCAGGCCCACCCAGCAGCCUUCCCUGUUGGGCCCCAGCCGCUCCUGACAGCACAGCAGCUGGCCUCUGCCGUGGCCGGGGUGAUGCCAGGGGGCACACCAGCCCUCAACCAGCCGAUCCUUAUUCCUUUCAACAUGGCAGGACAGCUGGGCGGUCAACAAGGACUGGUUCUCACCCUGCCUACCGCCAAUCUCACCAACAUCCAAGGGCUGGUUGCAGCCGCAGCUGCAGGAGGCAUCAUGACUUUGCCAUUGCAAAAUCUCCAAGCUACCUCAUCCUUGAAUUCCCAACUCCAACAGCUUCAGCAUCUCCAGCAACUCCAGCAGCAGCAGCAGCAGCCCCCACCGCCCCCCCAGCAGACCGGACCACCCCCCCAGCAGACCGGCCAGCACCCGCCACCAACUGCACAGCCAUCCCAGCCUCAGUCACAGCUGCAGCCGCAGCCUCAGCCACCUCCACCCCAGCAACCCCCACCUCCACCUCAACAGCCCCCGCAGCCACCAGCACCGUCACAAGCCCAGCAGAACCCAGCCCAGACUCCGACAUCAAACCAGUCUCCAGCCCAGCAGGCCUCCGGCUCUCCCCAGAAGCCCAGUCAGUCCCCCGGGCAUGGCCUUCCAUCACCUCUCACUCCAUCGAACCCACUGCAGCUGGUUAAUAACCCACUAGCAAGUCAGGCAGCAGCAGCAGCUGCGGCAGCAGCCACCAUGAGCUCCCUAGCGAGCUCGCAGGCUUUUGGCAAUGCACUCUCCAGCCUUCAGGGGGUCACAGGCCAACUAGUUACUAAUGCCCAAGGACAGAUUAUUGGAACCAUCCCUCUGAUGCCUAAUCCAGUGCCAUCCAGCCAAGCUGCAGGAGGAGCACAGGGCCUCCAGGUGCAGCCAAUUACCCCCCAGCUACUGACAAAUGCCCAGGGUCAGAUCAUUGCCACAGUCAUCGGGAAUCAAAUCCUGCCUGUGAUCAAUACCCAGGGAAUCACACUCUCCCCAAUAAAGCCAGGCCAACAGCUCCAUCAACCCUCCCAGACACCAGUGGGCCAAGCUGCCUCCCAGGCCAACCUUCUGCAUCUGGCUCACAGCCAAGCAUCCAUGUCUCAAAGUCCUGUCCGCCAGGCUUCCUCUUCUUCCUCCUCAUCCUCCUCCUCUUCAGCUUUGAGUGUUGGCCAGUUAGUCAGCAAUCCACAGACAGCAGCUGGUGAGGUGGACGGGGUGAAUCUGGAAGAAAUCCGAGAAUUUGCCAAAGCUUUUAAAAUCCGGCGCCUGUCUCUUGGUCUGACGCAGACCCAAGUUGGCCAGGCCUUAAGUGCCACAGAAGGCCCAGCCUACAGCCAGUCUGCCAUCUGCAGACACACCAUCCUGAGAAGCCACUUUUUCCUACCACAGGAAGCCCAAGAGAACACUCUAGCUAGCAGUCUGACAGCCAAACUGAACCCUGGCCUUUUGUAUCCUGCCAGGUUUGAAAAGCUGGACAUCACCCCUAAAAGUGCCCAGAAGAUCAAGCCGGUGCUUGAACGGUGGAUGGCUGAGGCUGAGGCCCGCCAUCGGGCAGGUAUGCAGAACCUGACCGAGUUUAUCGGGAGCGAGCCCUCCAAAAAGCGCAAGAGGCGCACCUCCUUCACGCCCCAAGCCCUGGAGAUCUUGAAUGCUCACUUUGAGAAGAACACACACCCUUCAGGGCAAGAAAUGACAGAAAUUGCAGAGAAGCUGAAUUAUGACCGAGAAGUAGUUAGAGUUUGGUUCUGCAAUAAGAGACAGGCCCUGAAGAACACAAUUAAACGUUUAAAACAGCAUGAGCCGGCCACAGCCAUCCCGAUGGAGCCUUUAACAGACUCUCUGGAAGAAAAUUCCUAAAGGGAGAGAAAAAGAGACACACACACACACACACACAUACACAUAGACACACACACAUACCCCAACCAAAAAUAAACGUAAGAAAAGGAAAGCCUGCCGCUGGGACUUGGCAAUUGUAGCUCCACUUGUCCCCUUGUAAGAAAAAGACUGAGGAAACAACAAAGUGGACAGAACACUUUCCAAAUGUCCAUUUGAUUUUCCCAAACAAUUAAACGUUCAUGAAGAACGUACCACACUUACUCUGUGUGGCAGCAUUUGCCCCCUACUCUCCCCUUCCCCAAAAAAGCCAGUUUUUUAAUGGACUGAAAGUAAACCAAAUAACUGAAUAUGUUUUUCUGUAUAUUAUGAAAAUGUGGACACAUUUUAAGGGGAAAAAAAGCAAAAAACAAAAAAAACAAAAAACUUUUAUCUGUUCAAAGAGAAUACAAGCCUGCCACCUGGAGGGGAAAACGUAACCCUCCAGGUACCAAGUGCUGAUUCACUCUGGAACCUAUUAACCAAAGUCAGAAACACGUCAUUGCCAACUCGGGUGAUUGUUAGUCUACACUUUUAUGAGUGUAAAGUUGUGUUAUGAAUUUUUACAUUUGUACUUUCCAGAAAUAAUAGAAAGUCUGUUUUUUCCCAUCUUUCCUGCCUGUUAUUCUCACCAAUAGGGUGGGACCACUUCUUGAAGCCAUCCUGUGACGCUCACAAUGAUCUGUCACCUGGGGCUGAGUGGUCUCCCGAGUGGCCAUAUGCCAAAUUGGUGGUGCUUUCCGCUCAUGAUGACUUGUGGGUUUCAAAGAAGAAAAGGGAUCAAGUGACAUUUGUUCCUUCUCUUUUAUGGAUUUCUGUGCCUCUCCCCACACCUGCAUCCCCAAAAUUCUGCCCUAAAGGUCCUAAGAGGGGGGAGUAAAAGCAUCUUUUGACUCUGACGGAAUGGAAUUGGGAAACUUUGAGCUAAUUAGGAAUAUUCCCAAUGGACUGUCAACAUUAACCCAUGCUGUAAUUGUGCUCAUUGAUGUCCAUGGCUCCUGAUUUUUUUCUGUCUGUUGACAUGGAACAUGGAGAGCUCACCAAAAUUCAUUUUGUAAGAGAAAUAAAGUUGCACAUUUGGUUCAAUACUUCCAUACAACAUGAUGCAGCCAACACUUACUUAUAUUCCUGUGUUGGGGCCCUGUGCAAAAUGAUUUCUCUCCAAAGUCUUCUAGCCAAAGAAAUUUAUUGAAAUGCCAGUAAAAAAUAUAUACAUUCAUACAUAGGCACCCCCAUCUCCAAAGAAACAGGUCAAGAAAUAAAUGAUGCUGUUAGGGUCAUUCCAGCCUAUCACAUCAUGUCAUGCUGUUAGCCUCAUGCUUUCUGCCAUAUCUUUUUUCAUUCCAAUAUGGAUUGUCGGGGGAGUUACAUUGGAUUGUCACUCUAGGACUACAUAUAAUAUUGGUGCAGUGAGUUACAGUGGGUGUGGAUGGUGAGUCACAGAAGUAUUCAACAAUCAAAAUUCAAGAAUGAGUUCUAGAGACAAGAGAAGCUCUAUGAGGGUGGAGAACAGCCCACAUAGGAGAUUAUAAGUUGAAAGAAAGAGACAGACAGACAGAUAGAGAUAGAGAGGGAUGGAGAGAGAAAUAGAAAGGAAAACAGAAAUGCAAAAGAGAGGAGGAAGAGAAGAGAGAGAUGGAGAAGAAAGGAGAGAGAAAU